AUGUAUGGCACAAGUAACAAAAACGACAACUACAGAUUGCGCCACUAUUCGCCAGUACUUGAUUGGUUAGCAAGAUUUAAGAUAGUGAAAGUGACAUAUUCAUUCGGCGUUAUCAUUGGCAAGAAGAACAACGAUGAACGACAAAGUAAUCAAAAAGAAUCUAAUAGUACUCAUCUUUUUUCAACAAUCAACUUCAAUCGAAUGAUCGAUCCAUUCUCAACUGCCUGCCAUCGUAACAAUCAUAAAUCAGUCGUGGAUUUCAAUAACAACAAUGAUGAUCUCUUAGGCGAAGAUCAACCUGAACGGUUGGUGAACAUCGCACAACUCUCAUUAUCAAAUAAGCACACGCAUUUGUGCGAUGUUGAUUAUUCUCUGAUACACCGUGAUGACGGUACCAGUCCUCAAUCGCCACUACAUUCGGUCAAAACAUUUGAAGAAUUGAAGUUGGAACCCCAAUUAUUAAACGGUAUCUACCAUAUGGGCUUCAGUCAUCCAUCACGUAUUCAGGAACGCGCAUUACCACAAUUGCUUGCGUAUCCACCACGAAAUAUGAUUGCACAAUCGCAAAAUGGAACUGGAAAAACGGCUGCAUUUGCAUUAGCUACACUUAGUCGUAUGGAUCCCACGUUGAAUCAUGUCCAAGCAUUGAUUUUAUCUCCAACAUUUGAACUUGCAUUGCAGAUCGGCAAAGUUAUUGAAAAUAUGGCAAAAUUCUUACCACAUAUUAAAAUUGCCUAUGCUGUACGUGAUCCGACGAUUUCAAAACGAAAUGAGUGUGUUAAAGGAAGAGAACUAACUGUUCCGAUUGUGAUUGGCACACCUGGAACGGUCGAGGAUUGGUGUCGCAAACUGAAGAUAAUUGACUUGAAAAAACUACGGAUAUUUGUCGUGGAUGAAGCCGAUGUCAUGAUUAGUUUAACAGGUUUCUCACAAAUUUGUAUUGAUUUAGUGAAAAGCACAAUUGGAAAAAUUUGUCAAACGAUGCUUUUUUCGGCUACAUAUUCUGAUGAGGUGAUGGAUUUUGCGAAGCGAAUCAUCGAAAAUCCAGUAAUCUUUCGAUUAAAGCGUGAAGAACAAUCAUUAGCCAAUAUUCGGCAAUUUUAUAUCAAAUGUAAUAACGAUGAAGACAAAUACGAUGCAGUUAGAACAAUUUACUCUUCAAUUACUAUUGGUCAGGCAAUGAUCUUCUGCCGUUAUAAACAUACGGCUCAUGCAUUGACAUUACGAAUGAUCAAUGAUAAACAUUGCGUUGAAUUACUUUCAUCAGAAUUAAGCGUUGAACAGCGGGCAGCUGUGAUUAAUCGUUUUCGUGAAGGCAAAUUUCGUGUCUUAGUUGUAACUAACGUUUGCGCACGUGGUAUCGAUAUCGAUGAUAUUUCUCUAGUACUUAAUUUUGAAUUUCCACUUGUUUAUGAUGAAAUCAAACGUUGUUUUGUUAAUAAGCCCGAUUACGACACAUAUUUACAUCGCAUUGGACGUGCCGGGCGUUUUGGACGUAUUGGCCAUACAUUUGAUUUGGUUACACCUGAAGAAAUACCACUACUUGAACAAGUCGAACGUUACUUUCAAAAGCCAAUUUUAGAAUUUUCAGAAAAACAUAUUGUUGAAGAUGAACUGUAUAAAAUCUAG